UGGACAGCUAUCUGUUUGAACCCCUGCCUUCAUUUCUUUUGUGUAUAUACCUUGAAGUGGAAUUUCUGGAUCUGAAGCUGCGCAAGGAGGUGGAGAGGUCCCAGGUCAUGGUGUACUUCGGCAGCCGGGCCCGCCUGUUUAAGAUCGCCCAGUUCCAGGACCCGGCCGUGAAGCGCAUGCUGAGUAAGCUGCUGGACAUAGGCAAGGCGGCCUUGCCCAAGGACGAGCUCUGGGAGUACAACAAGCUUCUGGCCUACAUGGAGACGGCGUACAGUAUGGCCCAGGUGUGCCUGGAUGAGGGGCCCUGCCUGCCCCUGGAGCCUGACCUCCAAGAAAUCAUGGCCAACUCCAGGGACCAGAAGGAACUGCUUUGGGCCUGGCAAGGCUGGCGGGAUGCUGUGGGUCGCCAGCUCCGUCCCAUCUAUGAGCGCUAUGUAAUCCUCAGCAACAAGGCCGCACAGCUCAAUGGCUACAAAGAUAUGGGGGCUUUGUGGCGCUCCAAGUAUGAGGAUGAGACCCUGGAGCAAGACCUGGAGCGGAUCUACCAGGAGCUGCAGCCGCUCUACCUGAACCUGCACGCCUACGUGCGCCGCUCCCUGCACCGCCACUAUGGGCCCGAGAUCAUCGACGUGAGGGGGCCCAUCCCUGCUCACCUGCUAGGGAACAUGUGGGCUCAGUCAUGGGUCAACAUCCUAGACCUGGUCUUGCCCUUCCCCAAGAAACCCCCUGAGGACAUCACGAAGAUCAUGAAAGGCCAGCGCUGGAAGCCUGGGAAAAUGUUUGAAGAGGCUGAAAAAUUUUUUACCUCCUUGGGGAUGCUGGCCGCCCCACCUGAUUUCUGGAAAAAGUCAAUGUUGGAGAGACCACCCGAUGGGCGGGAGGUGGAGUGCCAGACCUCUGCCUGGGACUUCUACAAUGGCAAGGACUUCAGGGUAAAGAAGUGCACUGAAGUGAACAUAGAAGAUCUGCUGUCCAUCUUCCACCAGAUGGGCCAUAUCCAGUACUUCCUACAGUACAAGAACCUCUCCAUCCUCUUCCGAGAAGGCGCCAAUCCUGCCUUUGGAGAGGCCGUGGGGUCGAUGAUCACCCUCUCAGCCUCCUCCUAUCAGCAUCUGCUUAACAGAGGCCUGCUCAGCCAGCAGCACCAGGACUCAGAGGAGGAGGUCAACUUCCUAAUGGGCAUUGCCCUGGACAAGAUUGCCUUCAUUCCCUUUGGCUACAUGAUAGAUAUGUUCCGCUGGAAGAUCUUUGAUGGCACCAUCCAAAAGGACAUCUACAACCAGGAGUGGUGGAACUUCAGGUUGAAGUACCAGGGCCUGUGCCCCCCUAUUCCUCGGUCAGAGGAUGACUUUGACCCAGGUGCCAAGUUCCACAUUUCUGCCAGCGUGCCCUACAUAGGGUACUUCCUGAGCCUAGUGCUUCAGUUCCAGUUUCACGAAGCUCUGUGCAAGGCCGCAGGCCACAUGGGACCACUGCACCAGUGUAACAUCUAUAACUCCAAGAUGGCUGGGAAGAUCCUGGGGGAUGUCCUGAAGCUGGGCUCAAGCAAGCCCUGGCCAGAGGUCCUAAAGGAGCUGACGGGGCAGUCCAAGGUGUCUACGGAGGCCCUCCUGAGCUACUUCAAGCCACUGCUGAACUGGCUGGUGACUGAGAAUGUGCAGCAGGGGGAAAUCCUGGGCUGGCCAGACUUCGGCUGUUCCUUCCCAGAAAGAAAAAAACCUAAAGCGGCAUUCCUGGGUACGGAGUUGGAGUCUAAAGCGGCCAAGUCUGGGCAGUGGGUGCUGUUGGUCCUGAGCUUGAUAAUGUUCGUGAUGGUUCUGGGGCUGGCCUCCAGGCUAUUCAACCUGGAAAGACAGUCACUGAACAAGGACUCAGACAACACCGAGCCUGGUGGCACCUACUUCCUAGGCGUAGCCAUGGAGCCCCACCAGGCUGCCCGAGGACAGUGGAUGUUGCUGGGCCUCUGUCUCAUCCUGAUGCUGUGCUCAAUUAUUUUGACCAUUCGGAUCUUCACAUGGCAGAACCAGAAGUCUCCGUGGAUGAAAAAUGAAAAAUGGGACUCGGACUAGCCACCAAUGAGACUGCCAGCCUGCCCCCACAACAGGGGCAACCAGGACACCUCUGCCCCCCGGGAGGCCACAUUUGCAGCCCUCUCAUCCCCAGCCACAGUGACCAAUGAGGUCCCCACCAGACACUGGCUCUGCAUGGAAAAGUCACACUCAACCGAGGACUCCAAGUCCUUCACCUGGACACCAGCAAAAGCUUCACUGAGCCUCCUUGGCCAUUCUCCCUCCCCCACCAACCAUUGUAAAGUUUAUUUUGCCAGAAUAUUUCCUUCAAAUUUCUUCAAAUUUCCUUCCAAAUGUCUAACUGCUGAAGAACUUGGUUGUCCAUCAAUUAAACCUAGAUGUUCAAAAUGGCAUCAGAGGGUCUUUAUAAAUUACCCUUUUUCUGCAUCCUCACCUCUCCCACUCCCCAGCUCAGUC